UAGAAAUAACUUACGAUACCUUUUAAAUGUGUGAGGAGUAUAUGUCUAGCUGGAAUAGUGGUGUGGGGUGUGAAUGGUGGGUCAAGACAGUCUAUGUGGGGCCUAGGGCUGCUGCCAAGGUUCUCAGCUACAACAAUAUUUUGUUUCUGUACGACGACUGCCUAAGGGUAGUAGAGAGCAGGCUACGAUCAAGAAUGAAGGAGGACACUGAGGAAAAGGAGAUUGACAACGACGGAUACCACUCAAGAUAAGAGUGCUCAAUAAUAAUGUAGAUUACGCCCGGGUCUUUUUUUUCGGAAAAUCGAUUCUUUUCCGCUCAAAAUAUGAUGCUUUUUCAAGAAAAGGAGAUUGUUUUUUUGGCACUAGUGUCCAUGUGUUGUCCCCGGCUGACAGGGCCACAUCCGGCAGGUCUAAGUUGCUAAUUGUGCAUUUUUCAUGCAGUUACCACGUCAGGCGAAAACACACACACUCUCUCUCUCUCUCUCUCUCUCUCUCUCUCUCUCUCUCUCUCUCUCUCUCUCUCUCUCUCUCUCUCCAGACAAGAUAUAUGAUCACUUUUAUGUUCCAAGAUGACAUGCUUAGUCUGUGUGUGUGUGUGUGUGUGUGUGUGUGUGUGUGUGUGUGUGUGUGUGUGUGUGUGUGUGUGUUUCUCUCUCUCUCUCUCUCUCUCUCUCUCUCUCUCUCUCUCUCUCUCUCUCUCUCUCUCUCUCUCUCUCUCUCUCUCUCUCUCUCUCUCUCUCUGGCAAGAGAUAUGAUCACUUUUACAUGCUAGAUGGGCAUCGUGUGUGUGUGUGUGUGUGUGUGUGUGUGUGUGUGUGUGUGUGUGUGUGUGUGUGUGUUAAGUUAGUGGGGUAGACUCCUCCAAAAACCCAUCUUUCAGGAAUAAGAUGACUCUUGUUGUUAUCUCUUUGCAAUUAGAGAUUCAUCAAGUUAAACAAUUGUAUUUGGGCCUCCAAUUAUAAUGGGAUUUUGUAUCAGGUGAUGAGAGCAAACAUCCCUGAAAUACUGGUAAUACUGAAUCACAGCUUUAUUUCCCAAACCAGUAAGUUCUUCAAAUGUUUUAUUUUGUAUGUUAUGGCUCAAAAAAAAAAAUUCUAGAUGUGUUGCAAGAGACAAGUAUGACAAGCGUGACAGAAGGAUCCAGAGCACACAGGAAGUUUGUGACUAUUGUGAUCCGAGCACCACCAUACAAAGAUAUUGUUUCUACCACUUCUGAUCCAAGUCAUUAUUCUGUUACAAAAAAUGCAAUUUGCUAUAUGUCUUGUGCAGUGGCUGCUUAAAACUAUAAGUUGUGUCUUCAUCACAUGCUAUAUCUUUAAUAAAUUUAAAACUCAUAUCCAAAAGCAAAAACUCCCAGAAGUGGGAGUAACAAAGAAAGAGACAGCAAUAUCAACAACCAGACAGCCAAACCAGCAAGACAGUGAUAAAAACAUAUGUAUAAUCAACCAGGCAGCAAAAUCUCAAUACCAAGUGGGAGAAAGGGAAUGACAGACCUCAUGCAAGGUGUACUAAACACUGAAGUCAGAAGUGGCAAGGCAGUAACGUUGCUGCCACUCUGAAUUUUGAAAGCCAAGAUUGCUCAGGGCACUCAUGUAAAAAGUGGGGACCCUUGCUGGCUGCAAGAUUUCUUGAAUUUUAGUAAAAAAAAAAAAAAAGAUUCCAAACUUGGAGCAAAAAACCCAAGAUCUAGUAGGAAAACCCAAGGAGUGGCAGCACUGGGCUGGAAGUUAGCCAGGGUGUUGCUAAAGGUGCCAUCACAUUAACACAUUUUUCGUUAACUUUUUCCAUCAACUCUGGUUUCCAUCAGCAUUUGUUUCUUUCUAUCAUCUUUUUCCAUCUUCAUCCUCAAAUAGAAGUGAUCAUCUUCACAGAGGAGGGUUGUUGUCAACUAUUGUUGUCAAAUCCAUGUUUAUGAUAUAAUCCAUGUUUAUAAAAGAUAUACUAAAUAAACCUUAUUGUUUAAAAAAAUUAAUUAAAUAGAUUUUAAAUAAAGAAAAAUAAAAUCACUUCAUUUCUCAUGUUAUUGCAUUUAACUUGUGGAUAUAUAACAGCAAACAGUGGCUUGUGUGAUUUAGUAGACGUUUACACUUUUGUAAGGUCUCUGUUUCUCUACUCCUGCACUUUGGAUAACAUUUUAACUCAUUUGGCUUGUCUACAAUUUAUAAAACUUGUAAUACAGUGCGGAAUAGUGACUGCUUUCCUGUGGGUCAGUGGAGCACCACUCGUAGAGAAUUGGAGUCCUGGGCUGCCUGGGCUUGUGGCCUGCUGGUAUGAAUUGCCAGUAAGUAUGCAUUUCUGUUGCAAUGUUACUAUGCUAGGCAAAUGAGGAUACUGCCACACUGGCUGGGAGGGGCUAGCAGGCAGCAGCUAAUGUAGCUAUACAUUAGCUACUGUCUAGGAGGAGGCAGUAGACACCUGCCGAAAUGAUAAUUACUCCCAGUGAGGUCUAAAGCACUGUUCAGGGGGUGCUGUGAACUUAUCAUUAAACCCAGCUGUGACCUCACUGAACUUUGUGUCUCACAACACAAGGGAGCAGUCACAGCCUGCCCUCUAAAGACAACUCUUCCUCCACACAAAACUACAAGCACCUAAUAACACACACACCCUUCACUCAAAAAUUUUAAAAUCAUCAUGGCGACUCCUACACCAGCCUCAGAGUCCCCAUCUGGGGAGGGGACCAUAAAUGUCCCCAGGUCGGACUGCCUUUCCAUCGACGACCCUAAGUGUCUUGACACCACCCUCAACUUUUUCUUCAUUAACUUCUGCAACAUUCACGGUCUAAAAUCUAAUUUUCAAUCUGUAGAACACCACCUCUCCUCUUCUAAACCUCAUCUUCUUUUCCUCACUGAAACUCAGGUGUCUGAGGCAACUGACAGUAGCCCGUUUUCUGUUCCCUCCUACUUUCUCUAUCCUCAUUUUCGAUCCAAAGCUGGAUGCUGCGUUUAUGUGCGCAAUGACUUAACCUGCUCUCGUGCCCACGCUCUUGAAUCUUCCGAGUUUUCCACCAUCUGGCUACGACUACAGAGUCACUCUCAUAUUAAAUUUAUCUGUGCUGUAUACCUCUCACCUAACUCCUCUGACUAUAAGAAAUUCUUUGACUACUUAACUUCCAAAGUGGAGCACAUUCUGACCCUCUUCCCUUUUGCAGAGAUCUCCAUUCUUGGAGACUUCAAUGUUCACCACCAGCUUUGGCUUUCCCCUCCCUUCACUGACCAUCCUGGUGAACUAGCCUACAACUUUGCUAUCCUCCAUGACCUACAGCAAUUGGUGCAACACCCUACUCGUAUUCCUGACCGUCUAGGAGAUACGCCCAACAUUCUUGACCUUUUCCUGAUCUCUAAUCCUUCUGCUUAUGCUGUCACCCUUUCUUCUCCAUUGGGCUCCUCCGAUCACAAUCUCAUAUCUUUAUCUUGUCCUAUCACUCCAAUCCCUCCUCAGGAUCCCCCUAAGCGAAGGUGCCUCUGGCGUUUUGCCUCUGCUAGUUAAGGGAACCUGAGGAGGUAUUUUGCUGAUUUUCCUUGGAAUGACUACUGCUUCCGUGUCAGAGACCCGUCUUUUUGUGCUGAGCACAUAACAGAGGUGAUAGUGUCUGGCAUGGAGGCAUACAUUCCUCACUCUUUUUCUCGUCCUAAACCUUCUAAACCUUGGUUUAACACAGCUUGUUCUCGUGCUAUACAUGAUAGAGAGGUGGCCCACAAAAGGUACUUAAGCCUUCCAUCACCAGAAUCUCAUGCACUUUAUAUUUCUGCCCGGAACCAUGCCAAGUCUGUUCUCCAACUAGCCAAAAACUCCUUCAUUAACAGAAAAUGUCAAAACCUUUUCAAGAUCUAACUCCCCUCGUGACUUCUGGCAUCUAGCCAAAAAUAUCUCCAAUAACUUUGCUUCUUCUUCUUUCCCUUCUUUAUUUCAACCAGAUGGUACCACUGCUAUCACAUCUAUUUCUAAAGCUGAACUCUUUGCUCAAACCUUUGCUAAAAACUCUACCUUGGACGAUUCUGGGCUUGUUCCUCCUUCUCCUCCACCCUCUGACUACUUCAUGCCACGUAUUAAAAUUCUUCGCAAUGAUGUUUUCCAUGCCCUUGCUGGCCUAAACCCUCGGAAGGCUUAUGGACCUGAUGGGGUCCCUCCUAUUGUUCUCCGAAACUGUGCCUCCGUGCUUGCACCUUGCCUAGUCAAACUCUUUUCAUCUACCUUUCCUUCUUGCUGGAAGUUUGCCUACAUUCAACCUGUUCCUAAAAAGGGUGACCGUUCUAAUCCCUCAAACUACCGUCCUAUUGCUUUAAUUUCCUGCCUACUUAAAUUUUUAAAUCUAUCCUCAACAGGAAGAUUCUUAAACAUCUAUCACUUCACAACCUUCUAUCUGAUCGCCAGUAUGGGUUCCGUCAAGGGCGCUCUACUGGUGAUCUUCUGGCUUUCCUUACUGAGUCUUGGUCAUCCUCUUUUAGAGAUUUUGGUGAAACUUUUGCUGUUGCCUUGGACAUAUCAAAAGCUUUUGAUAGAGUCUGGCACAAAGCUUUGAUUUCCAAACUACCCUCCUACGGUUUCUAUCCUUCUCUCUGUAACUUCAUCUCAAGUUUCCUUUCUGACCGUUCUAUUGCUGCUGUGGUAGACGGUCACUGUUCUUCUCCUAAAUCUAUUAACAGUGGUGUUCCUCAGGGUUCUGUCCUGUCAUCCACUCUCUUCUUAUUAUUCAUUAAUGAUCUUCUAAACCAAACUUCUUGUCCUAUCCACUCCUACGCUGAUGAUACCACCCUGCACUUUUCCACGUCUUUUCAUAGACGUCCAACCCUUCAGGAGGUAAACAUAUCACGCAGGGAAGCCACAGAACACCUGACUUCUGAUCUUUCUAAAAUUUCUGAUUGGGGCAGAGCAAACUUGGUAUUGUUCAAUGCCUCAAAAUCUCAAUUCCUCCAUCUAUCAACUCGACACAACCUUCCAGACAACUAUCCCCUCUUCUUCAAUGACACUCAACUCUCCCCCUCUUCUACACUGAACAUCCUCGGUCUGUCCUUUACUUAUAAUCUGAACUGGAAACUUCACAUCUCAUCUCUAGCUAAAACAGCUUCUAUGAAGUUAGGUGUUCUGAGACGUCUCUGCCAGUUUUUCUCACCCCCCCAGCUGCUAACUCUGUACAAGGGCCUUAUCCGUCCAUGUAUGGAGUAUGCUUCACAUGUCUGGGGGGGUUCCACUCAUACUGUUCUUCUAGACAGGGUGGAAUCAAAAGCUUUUCGUCUCAUCAACUCCUCUCCUCUAACUGACUGUCUUCAGCCUCUCUCUCACUGCCGCAAUGUUGCAUAUCUAGCUGUCUUCUACCGCUAUUUUCAUGCUAACUGCUCUUCUGAUCUUGCUAACUGCAUGUCUCCCCUCCUUCCGCGGCCUUGCUGCACAAGACUUUCUUCUUUCUCUCACCCCUAUUCUGUCCACCUCUCUAACACAAGAGUUAACCAGUAUUCUCAAUCAUUCAUUCCUUUCCCUGGUAAACUCUGGAACUCCCUGCCUGCUUCUGUAUUUCCACCUUCCUAUGACUUGAAUUCCUUCAAGAGGGAGGUUUCAAGACACUUAUUGAUCAAUUUUUGACCACUGCUUUGACCCUUUUAUGGGACUGGCAUUUCAGUGGGCAUUUUUUUUUAUUAGAUUUUUGUUGCCCUUGGCCAGUGUCCUUCCUACAUAAGAAAAAAUACAAAGAGAGAGAGAGAGAGACCUCAGAGUCAUGUUUGCUGUUGAUGAAAGUGCAGACGAACAGCUGUGCGUGUGUGAGAGGACGCACUCAAGAAAUUGCUAACUUUCAGAAAGUUGAUGAAAAUGUGCUAGUGUGAUGGGACUUUAAGCAACCCAUACUGACAAGCACACACCAUUUUUCUCACUCCCCCCAGCUGCUAACUCAGUACAAGGGCCUUAUCUGUCCAUGUAUGGAGUAUGCUUCACAUGUCUGAAGGGGGUUCCACUCAUACCGCUCUUCUAGACAGCAUGUAAUCAAAAGCUUUUCGUCUCAUCAACUCUUCUCCUCUAACUGAUUGUCUUCAGCCUCUCUCUCAUCACCACAAUUUUGCAUCUCUAGCUGUCUUCUACCGCUAUUUUCAUGCUAACUGCUCUUCUGAUCUUGCUAACUGCAUGCUUCCCCUCCUUGCGCGGCCUCGCUGCACAAGACUUUCUACUUUCUUUCACCCCUAUUCUGUCCACCCCUUUAAUGCAACAGGUAACCAGUAUUCUGAAUCAUUCAUCCCUUUCUCUGGUAAACUCUGGAACUCCCUGCCUGCUUCUGUAUUUCCACCUUCCUGUGACUUGAAUUCCUUCAAGAGGGAGGUUUCAAAAAACUUAUCCUUCAGUUCUUGACUACCACUUUGGACCCUUUUCUGGACUAGCAUCUCUGUGGGCUUUUUCUUUUAUUGGAUUUUUGUUGCCCUUAGCCAGUGCCCCUCCUACAUGAAAAAAAAAAAAAAGCAGUAGAUAACCUCUCCUGCCCAGCACUGCAGUAUGCUCAUUCAUCCUGUGUGUGUGUACGAAAAAGAGAGAGAGAGAGAGAGAGAGAGAGAGAGAGAGAGAGAGAGAGAGAGAGAGAGAGAGAGAGAGAGAGAGAGAGAGAGAGAGAGAGAGAGAGAGAGAGAAACACACACACACACACACACACACACACACACACACACACACACACACACACACACACACACACACACACACACACACACACACACACACACACACACACACACACACACACACACACACACACACACACACACACACACACACACACACACACACACACACACACACACACACACACACACACACACACACACACACACACACACACACACACACACACACACAGACUAUGCACGUCUAGUGAUGUAAAAGUGAUCAUAUAUUUUGUCUGGAGAGAGAGAGAGAAACACACACACACACACACACACACACACACACACACACACACACACACACACACACACACACACACACACACACACACACACACAACAUACAACAUACCACACACACACACACACACACACACACACACACACACACACACACACACACACACACACACACACACACACACACACACACAGAUUAUGCACGUCUAGUGAUGUAAAAGUGAUCAUAUAUUUUGUCUGGAGAGAGAGAGAGAGAGAGAGAGAGAGAGAGAGAGAGAGAGAGAGAGAGUAGUAUCCUUGCCCAAUGUGGUAACACUGCAAGCUGCAAGAAAAUACACAACUGGCAACUCAGACCUACCAGACAUGGCCCAGCCAGUCAGGGACAACACAUCAACAUUAGUGUAAUUUUUUUCUGUGCAAAUCCCUAGAAAACUGUUUUCUUAAAUUCAGUGUCAUAGUAAUAAAUGUAAAGAAAACAUCUAUUUCUAGGACUUACACUGAAAAUAAACUAUUACCUUUUAAAAAGACCAUUAAAUAUUGAGUGGAAAAAAUCAAACUUGUUCCUGGUAGUAAAGAAAGUGUAAAUCAAAGUGAGGUACGCGGUGACUGAUUGGGUACAGCUGCCUGCCUGCCUCAACCCCACACUCCUCUCGGCCUGGGCUGGUGUGUGGCAUAUACAGCCCCGCUCCAUCCCACCUGCCCAGCCACACUCUGUUAAUCAGUGCAUAGAGAAGAUACAGCUAACAAAACUUCAGAGAUUAAAAAAAGAGGAAGAAGUGCUCAAAAAAGUUUUAAAGAAAUACAAAGAUGGUCUACAUGCUCUCCAGAUGUCUGCAGAAGUUAAGGGAGGAAAGGACCAGAGGAUGGAUCAUAUUGCCACUUUGGCCAUCACAACCGUGGAUGCUAGUAGACGAUCCUCGGGUCAUACAGAGAAGGAAAAAUGUGCUAAUGCAUCCGUCAACUGCUGAGGAACACCCAAUAAUGAAACACACAAAUUUGAUGGCUUGUCAGUUGUCCGGAAACAACUUGGAGAACGUGGCAUAUCUAAAGAAGAUAGAGGAACUGACCAUUAAAUAUGAGCUGGGAAAAAGGAGAACCCAUGAGAGUGACUCACAAAGCAACAGCAUGACUCAAGGCAUUGCUGAUUUCCCUGUGGGGAUCCUGAGGAGAAAUUGGAGCAACAGGACAAGAUUCAUAUCUGAGGUUGUGAGCAGAGGAGCCCAUUAAAGAAGACAAAAUGGCAGAAUAAACAGGAUUACAGUUUAUGGAAAGGUUGCUGGAGGUAUUUCCAAAAUGGUCAGGAAUACAGGUAGACUACUGCUCUAGGCCAUAGAGAAUAGCAAACUUAAACACUAAUUUACCUGGUUAGUCAUUGAGGCAGAUGAAAGCCAAGGGUGGUGAUGAACAUUGAUGUCUUCAAGAAUGGAGAUCUCCACAAAAGGGGAGAGAGUCAGUCAAAAUGUGCUGUUUUAAAUAAUGAAUGUAUCCUUUGUAGUUAUAGAAGUUAGGUGUGAGGUAUACAGCACAGUAUUCUUACUCAUUUUUUUUUUUGGAAUCAGAUCUUGUGACUUUUUAAAUUUCAUUGGUGUAA